AUGAUAGCCCUGCAGCCCGGGAUACCUCUACUGUUGUACUUAAUUUCAACCCCCAAGUCCAUAGGGGCAUUAUUGGUCCAAGAUGUAGAUGGAGCAGAACGCCCGGUGUAUUACAUCGGCCAGAAGAUUCGAGGAGCAGAAGUCCAAUAUACUCCGAUAGAGAGACAUUGCUUAGCUUGGGUAUUUACCGCCCAAAAGCUCAGACAUUACUUCUUAGCACAUCAGAUUCAGAUUGUUACUAGAAGUGAUCCAAUCCGAUACCUCCUCAGCAAGCCUGCUCUAACCGGGAAGGUGGCAAGAUGGUUGUUAGCACUGGGUGAAUUCGAGAUCACAUGUGUAGCCCCCAAGGCGAUUAAAAGCCAGGCCUUAGCUGACCUCCUUGCUCAAAUUCCAAGUGGUGACUAUGAACUAGUAAAUGAAGAAGUAAGAGGAGAGGUGCAUGCAGCUAUGGCUUCCGAGAAAAGCUUUUGGACAUUGAGCUUUGACGGAGCAGCAGCCGGAGCCGAGUAUGAGGCUCUUAUGUUAGGCUUGAUAGCAGCUGAGAAGCACAGUAUCAAGAAGAUUCGGAUUCGGGGGGACUCAAAGUUGAUAGUGAAGCAAGUUUCAAGACAGUUCGUCUUAAAGGAGCCUGCCUUGGCCACAUAUCGAACAACAGUCCGAAGGCUUCUUGACAAAUUUUAG